AUGGCUGCAAAUUUCAGUGGAUCAUUAACACAAGACUCUGAUGAAAUUAAAGAAAUGUAUUGUGAGGAAUGUGACAGACAUGGUGAUGGUUAUGCUACAGCUGUAGCUUUCUGUGAUAUAAAAGACACAGAAAAGCUGUUAAAUGCUAAAAGUGAAGUGAUUAAGAACCAAGAGGAACAUGCAACUGAUACAUGUAAAGAGCAUAGCAAUAAACUGAUCGCAACUUACAAACAACAACAUAAAGAUCUUAUUGAUGAUUUUGAUAAGAAAAUGGAAGAGACCAUUGCUAGGUUGAAGAAAGAAAGGUUAGAACUAAUUCAAAAAUUAUCUGAAAAGGAAAGAAAUUUUGAAAAAAAAAUUACUUCUGACCAAAUUCAAAAUUCCUACAUACAACGAUACAAACUAAAAGAAUCUGACAUUCAACCAACAUCACAAUCUCUAGAGGAUCAAACAAGAUUUUUCUCAUUUAAUGAAGUACAUGUAUCAGCUGUAGAGAAAAAGAUUGCCUUUAAUUGUGAUAUCAAUCAUGAGUUUGACAGAAUAACUUCUUUACUUGUGCUAUCUGAACAUACACUUCUUGCAUCAAAUUAUAACAGGUGUAGUCUUGUCAUAUUUUCACUUGAAAAGUCAAAUGAAGAAUAUAUUAAAGCAACAAAAUUUAACACCAAUCCUUGGGAAAUAACAAAAGUUUCAGAUAAUAAAAUUGCUGUCACAUUUCCAGAUGAAGUAAUGAUCAGACUGAUUACAUUUUCUGAGGAAAUGAAAGUUAUAGAUAUUGAUGUGAUACCAGGAAAUGGUUGUUGCUAUGGUAUCACUUACAGUAAUAAACAUCUUGUUGUUUCAUAUUACAAAUUAUUUAAAGCCAGUAGUAUUAAGAUUCUAAGUAUGUCAGGUAAAAUAGUAAAAUCAUUUGACAAAGAUGACUAUGGUCAGAAUCUGUUUUCCUGUCCUUGGUACUUGACUGUCAGUCCUGACAAUUCUAUGAUAUAUGUCACUGAUUGUGGCAGACAGACUGUGACCUGUUUGACCUUUGAUGGUAAGAUGAAGGCAAUCUACAAAGAUGACCGACUGAAAGAUCCUUACCAACUUGCUGUUGAUGAAUAUGGAUCAGUUUAUGUGUGUAGUCGUGACUCAAAGAAUAUCCAUCAAUUAUCACAUGAUCUCACCAAAGUGAAGAUACUGCUAAAUAAAAGAAAUAUUUCACCAACAAGUAUUGCAUACUGCCAGAAUACCAAGAGAUUAUUUGUAGGGAUAAAUAAUGAUAGAUAA